UUUGGGUAUAAGCGAGUUUUUAAACUAUUAAUUAUUGUUACUAAACAUCUAAAAUUUGUAAAUUUUCAGGUGGAGGUUAUUUUCCAUGGCGCCGCUACAGUGAGGUUUGACGAGCCCUUGAAGACAGCUGUGGAAAUCAACAUCAGAGGAACCCGUGAUAUGUUGAAGCUUGCCCGAGGAUGCAGCAAGCUGAAGGCUUUCGUACACAUCUCAACAGCAUACAGUAACUGCGUACAGGAUCAGAUCUCUGAAAAGUUUUACGAGAGCCCUCUCCCGGGAGACAAGCUUAUAGACAUUGUGGAAACCAUGGAUGUGAAGACAAUUAACAAUAUUACGCCCGGAUUACUUGGAGAUUUCCCGAACACUUAUGCUUACACCAAGGCUGUAGCUGAGAACAUUGUUCAGGAGUACUCCAAGGGCUUACCGGUAGCUCUGUUCAGACCAGCGAUAGUUAUUGGUACUUCAAAAGAACCGGUUGCUGGUUGGAUUGACAAUGUUUACGGACCUACUGGUGUGGUGGUAGGGGCAGCAGUCGGUCUCCUCCACGUGUUAAACUGUAACCCCAAGGUCUUAGCCGACCUGGUGCCCGGAGACAUGGUGGUGAAUGCCUGUAUAGCAGCCGCCUGGAAGACGGCACGGGAGUACCCCAGCAACCACGAGGACGCACCACCACCAGACCUGCCCCCACCAGUCUAUAACUACGUGUCCUCAGAGCAAAACCCUUUGACUUGGGAGAAAUUCAUGAAAUACAACGAGAUCUACGGGUUCCAAGUACCAACGAUCCAAGCAGUCUACUACUACCUAUUCCACAUCACAUCUUCUAAGUUCUUCUACACUCUGUUCUGCUUCCUUCUGCACUGGAUACCUGCUUACAUCAUCGAUGGUAUUGCUGUUCUUAUCGGGAAGAAACCAAUGUUAAGAAAAGCCUAUAGAAAAAUAACAAAAUUCUCCGAAGUGAUGGCGUACUUUGCAACGCGAGAAUGGAAAUUUGACAACUCAAAUACUCAGAAACUUUACAGCGAGCUCUGUGAUGCUGAUAAGCAUCUUUUUGACUUCGAUAUGAGUGCUUUGGACUGGAAUGAUUACUUCUACAGCUAUAUCCGUGGAGUCCGAGUAUAUCUGUUGAAAGACCCCGUGGAAACUGUCCCGGAAGGUCUAAAAAAGUUGAACAGACUUAGAAUGUUGCAUUAUACGUUCUGCGGCAUCCUUGGACUGCUCUUCUUGAGGGCUAUAUGGGCAGUUUUAAGUACAUUCUUCUAGUUUUUAAAUAGUUUUUCAUUUUUGUGAUUAUCCAAAGUUUUGUUUGGUAAAAGUGUGUUGCUGUUGGAAACUUUAAACAGUCGU